GGAAUUCCAUCCUCUACAGUCCGCUCCUUCGUGCCACGUCCCAACCCCGCGUUUCACUAUCAUGGCUCAGUCACCCGAAGCGGAGCUAUUGGUCUCCUUAUGGACGAGGUCUUUGCUUUCUGGUGCAGUGGCCGGGCUCACUGUCGACUGUUCUUUGUACCCAUUAGAUACGAUCAAAACACGCCUUCAGAGAGCUAGACACCAUGCCCCAUCGGUACCCCCUUCCAGUCUGUCCCUGAGACAGACUAUCCGAGGAAUCUAUGCUGGUCUCCCUUCCGUCCUCUUCGGCUCGGCACCAUCAGCCGCAUCCUUCUUCAUCGUCUACGAUGGCGUAAAACGUUCUCUUCUACCAGUCUCGAGCUCCGAGACUCCGUCCCGGACACAUAUAAUCCUUACACAUUCUCUUGCGUCUUCGAUGGGUGAGGUAGCAGCUUGCGCAGUUCGCGUGCCUACUGAAGUUAUCAAACAAAGAGCUCAAGCGGGUCUCUUUGGUGGCUCAAGUUUGUUGGCCUUAAAGGAUAUUCUGGCUUUGCGCCAUCCAGAUGCUGCCCGUGGGAUAAGUGGUGGUUAUGGACAGGUCAUCAGGGAACUGUAUCGGGGAGCCGGUAUCACCAUUGCAAGGGAAAUCCCGUUCACCGUUUUACAGUUCACUAUGUGGGAAUCAAUGAAGGAGGCAUAUGCCAAGCGCAUGCAGCAUACCUCGAAAUCUGGCUUGGGCUCUUCCAUAGACCAGGUGCCGGCCUCCACAAGUGCCAUGUUCGGUAGUGUCGCUGGCGCAAUUGCCGCCGGGCUUACGACCCCUCUCGACGUCAUCAAGACGCGAGUCAUGCUCGCUCGUCGUGGAGAUGGCGCGGAAGGUGGUCGAGUGCGGAUCAAGGACGUGGUUCAGGAUAUUUCCAAGGAAGGAUUCGGGGCUUUUUGGAGAGGUAUCGGACCACGGGUGGCUUGGAUCGGUAUUGGAGGCGCCGUGUUUUUGGGUAGUUACCAAUGGGCAUGGAAUUCCCUUGAGAGGAAAAGUAGGUCUCAGGACGAAUAAAGGACUCAUGUAUAUAUAAUCUCAUCGCUUGUACAAUACACCAUAGCGUUAUAAAUAGACGAGGUAUCAUAGCAUAUCGGAUAGGGCGCUCUCUCUGCAUCAUGCAUUGUCGCAGCUCUUCCUUGCCAUCCACUUUAGUUCCUCAGCCUGUUCAGCAGUCAGGAGUUGUUCCAUCUUCUCUACAGUCAGGAAGUCAUGGUCAUAAAACCCAAACCCUGGAACAACGGUCUUGAUCAAUCGUCAGCUUCCAUUCCUUGUAAUACUAGCAGCUUCCUAGCAUUGGCUACUGACCUCGCUAAUUAAC